GCCAUGGUCGCCAUCCGCCACCGCGGAUCACGCCUACCCGACCGCCCGCCUUAUCCGCCCCGCCUCUAUCAUUUGCGCCUUGUGAGGUUGUGCGUACUUCUGCCGCCGCAGCCGAUCUGCAUCGGCACCGGCGACUGCGCGACAGCGGUAUGAUCCCUGGCAGGUACGACCACGCCUUCUAGGUGCACCUUCAGAUUGCCCAUUGUGUCCUUGCAGUCAGAAGUAACAACACAUUGUUUUUCUUUUGUGCCACUACACAACGCAAGCAGUUCAGCAGCCAUUCAUCGUGAUGUCGUGAACAUUGCUGCUCAAACGAAUAAUUUUCCUGUCGAACAUUUAGAUUGGGGUUAGAGAGGAGAGCAAAGAAUUGAUCACUUUGAAGCACAAAUUAAGUCCCUACGUGCUCUUUUCCUCUUCUCUUUCCUUUGAUUUGUUUCGUUUGCUUCAUCGCUUGAUUUUCUUAGCUUGGCCACGUCUCCUUAAGUAAUACAGCUCACAAGUUUGCACUUGCAUGUGUUCGGUCUUGACUCUUGACGAAGGCAGCUGCUGUUGAAAGUAAGCAAGUAUGAAAGAGAAUCCUUUUGAAACGAAGAAACGGAAUCCCAGCUCAGAUUUUAAAGAAGAAGCAACUGAGGCAGACAAAGAAAACAAAACACCAAACACCAGCAGCAAGAGAUAAAAACCAUGACGCAAAUUAGACAACUAAACAACUACUGAUAGGUCUAAACAAUGAGCGCCCGAUGAGCCUGCAUAGAACACCCUCCUCUUUAAUUUGAUUGACAGUCGCAUUCAGAUCCUUAGAAAUUAACCAGUUCCUGAAAGCCCUUCAAUUAUUUUUUGUUGUGUUGUAUCAAUGUUUUUCCUUCUUACUGUUUUUGUCAUUGCUGUAGACUAUUGAGAUUGUUAAUGAGUGUCAGCAGAUAUGUAUUAUACAACAUAGGAGCCCAUGAAACAAGUAAGAGGGAAAUAUGCGUCAAUUCAGCUACAUGAUGUUACAGCGGAACAAAAAAGGGGUCAAAGAGUCACUGUAACAUAAUGCACUGAACAUCGAGUGUGUGUGUGGUCUCCUUUAAUAAAUUGAAAUGGGCCAUCUUUUGAUGCCCUGUUAGUAUAGAAAAUCCUAUCUGCGUCAUAAUUAUAAUCACCAUUGGUGGGUGCUUGCUUGUGGAGCUGUGGACUGUGGUCGUGGUAGUGGCCAUGGCGAGCCUCAAACUGCAAGAGAGGGUCCCGAUCCGCCGCACGGCGUGGAAGCUAGCUGACCUCACCGUCUUCUCCCUGCUCCUCGCCCUCCUCACCAACCGUGCUACCUCGCUGUUAGGUGGCGCCGGCGCAGCGCAGCGCUUCUGGCUUGCGGUCGCGGCGCUUGCCUGCGAGGCGUGGUUCACGCUCCUGUGGCUCCUCAACAUGAACUGCAAGUGGAAUCCCGUCCGGUUCGAGACGUACACCGGCCGUCUCUCCGAAAGGGGCGACGAGCUCCCGGCGGUGGACGUGUUCGUGACCACGGCGGAUCCGGAGCUGGAGCCCCCGGUUGUGACAGUGAACACCGUGCUCUCUCUUCUAGCUCUGGACUACCCGGCCGGCAAGCUGGCGUGCUACGUCUCCGAUGACGGUUGCUCGCCGUUGACCUGCUACGCGCUGCGCGAGGCCGCGGCAUUCGCGAGGCAAUGGGUGCCGUUCUGCAGGAGGCACGGCGUAGGUGUCAGGGCUCCCUUCGCCUACUUCUCCUCUGGCCCACCAGAGGACCGCAUGGCCGAUAAAGAGUUCUUCCGUGAAUGGACUUUCAUGAAGAAUGAAUAUGAGAAGUUGGUAGGUCGGAUCGAGAACGCAGAGGAGAACUCCCUUUUGCAGAGUGACAACGAGCUAGCCGACUUCGUCGGUGCUGAUCGCAGGAAUCACCCAACCAUAAUUAAGAUCCUGUGGGACAACAGCAAGAGCAAGACAGGAGAAGGGUUCCCUAGUCUCAUAUACGUCUCAAGAGAAAAGAGCCCCAAAUUUCACCACCACUUCAAGGCUGGGGCCAUGAAUGUCCUGACAAGGGUUUCCGCCGUGCUGACCAAUGCGCCAAUCAUGCUGAACGUGGAUUGUGACAUGUUUGCAAACAACCCACAGGUCAUCCUCCAUGCAAUGUGCCUCCUGUUGGGAUUUGAUGAUGAGGUCCACAGUGGAUUUGUUCAGGCACCACAGAUAUUCUACAACGCCCUACAGGAUGAUCCUUUUGGAAAUCAGACGGAAGUUAUGUACAAGAAACUAGGAUAUGGAUUCGCUGGCCUUCAAGGAAUUUAUUAUAAUGGGACGGGUUGUUUUCACCGAAGGAAAGUCAUUUACAGCAUGCCGCCAGACUGCAGCACACAUGUCAAACCAAGACGGACAAAAGGAUCACCUUCUUGGGAGGAGCUGCGAGUGAAGCUUGGCAGUCAGAAAGAAUUGAUUGAAUCAGCUAGGAGCAUCAUAUCCGGAGACAUGCUCGCAGUGCCAAUUGUAGGCUUAUCCAGUCGCAUCAAAGUGGCAAAUGAAGUGUCUGCCUGCAGCUAUGAGGCCAGCACUGGUUGGGGUCAGGAGAUUGGCUGGGUUUAUGGAUCAACGACUGAGGACAUUCUGACCGGGCAGAGGAUCCAUGCUGCUGGCUGGAAAUCAGCACUCAUGAACACCAAUCCGCCAGCAUUCCUUGGCAGCGCACCGACAGGCGGACCAGCCAGCCUAACCCAGUAUAAGAGAUGGGCAACAGGUCUCUUUGAGAUACUCGUGAGCCGGAACAACCCAAUCCUUCUCUCCAUUUGUAAGCGCCUGCAUUUCCGGCAAUGCCUUGCCUACCUGGUCAUAGAUGUGUGGCCGCUGAGGGCGCCUUUUGAGCUGUGCUAUUCGCUGCUGGGACCUUACUGCCUUCUUACAAACCACUCCUUUUUGCCAAAGUCAUCAGAACCAGGUUUCAGCAUCACAUUAGCCCUAUUCUUGACCUACAACAUAUACAACUUCAUGGAGUACAUGGAUUGCCAGCUCUCAGCUCGUGCCUGGUGGAACAACCAAAGGAUGCAGCGGAUCAUCUCAUCCUCUGCCUGGCUUCUCGCAUUCCUCACCGUGCUACUCAAGACCUUAGGCCUCUCGGAGACAGUGUUCGAGGUCACUCGCAAAGACAAGAGCUCGUCCAAUGGCGACGGCAGCACUGAUGACGCUGACCCGGGGAGGUUCACCUUUGAUUCGUCACCGGUAUUCAUCCCUGCGACAGCACUUGCAAUCUUGAACAUUGUCGCAGUAGCUGUUGGAGCGUGGCGGGUGGUUGCCGGUGCAGUUGAAGACAAGCCUGGUGGCCCGGGUGUUGGAGAAUUCGUGUGCUGCGGCUGGCUGCUGUUAUGUUUCUGGCCAUUUGUGACAGGACUUGUGGGUAAGAGAAGUUAUGGCAUCCCCUGGAGUGUCAAGCUGAAGGCUGGUUUGCUUGUGGCUGCUUUCGUGCACUUCUGUAGAUGAACUUAACUUUCGCAGCGUCGACACAUUUACUGAUAAGAUUAGCUUCAUCUGUGCAGAAGUAUGGUAGGAACGUGUAAUAGACUAGGCAAUGGUAACAAAUCAAAUUGAGCAACAUGUCUGCAACAUGCCUCACUUCAACAAUUUUCAGUCGUUUCGUGAGGCAUAAUUUCAGCGAAAACUUCUAUUUUUUAGAAAGGGUUAUUGUAUUCAUGGCAUCUCUUAAGUUUUCGAUUAUUUUGUA